ACAGCUAAAUAGGAUAAUGGGGGAUGAGGAACAAGCCACUCUUGACGGACAGUUUCGUGACUUCUCUAAGCUAUACGAUAACAAACGAAGUGGCUUAACGAUUACUCUGUUCCGAUCUGACUUCUGGAUGCGCCAGGCCAAACUCCUCGACGACAGGAAACUGACUAUGACUGACACUGGUGUGCUGUGGAAUAAAUACAACAAAUCAGAGCUUGACUGGGACGAAUGGUUGCAAUUUCUGAGCGAAGUAUGUGCUUUGAAGGGCUGGGAUGAAGAAAAUGUACAAGUAACCUUGACAAACUGCGGAUUACCAGGCCAGGGUAACGUCGUUGUACCACAAUACAGAGACUUUUUCCUCACAUACAAACCCAAAGAGAAAUUGCCGUUUUGA